AUGGACGUGCAUGAGAUGGAGCUUGACGAGAAACUCCGCACCUUCUGGGAAUUGGAAUCAAUUGGAAUUAAGCAGGAAGAAAACUCUGCUCUAGAAACAUUCAUUGAGACAAUCACUCUUAGGAAUCAAAGAUAUGAAGGACUCAGCCAGAAGCUAGAGCAAUUCGAGGAGUAUGAUCGUGUGAUUAAGGAUCAGCUUGACAGGGGAAUAAUCGAAAGAGUAGACCAAUCUGAGAAAGCCCAGCCUUGUCACCAGAUACAUUACCUUCCUCAUCACUGCGUCGUAAGAGAAGACAAGUCAACAACCAAGCUUCGCAUUGUGUAUAAUGCAUCAGCAAGAGAAAAUGGGCCACCAUUAAAUGAUUGCCUCCAUACUGGACCACCCCUAACUCCUGACAUCCUAGACAUUCUCAUAAGAUUUAAAGUCCAGCCAAUUGCACUAGUUGCUGACAUAGAGAAAGCCUUCCUCAUGAUAGCCGUCAAGAAGGAGGACAGAGAACUAUUUGAAUGA